GUUAGAUACCUUAGAGUCGGUUUGCAGAGGGGCGAAAAACGGCGCAGAAACGCGCUCAUUUCUAUAUAGCUCGCUCUCUCCAUCCCAGACGCAUGAUUACGAAGCUGCGGUGUACAAUUUCUAAAAAACUGAGCGUCUAUCAUAAGUAGUAACGAAAACGCGCGAGUUUUUCUUCUGUUCCCUGUACAUGUUUUAAACGUUUUUUCUAGGCUUAGAGUAUUUUUUUAGCGCUACCAGAUGCUGAUAUUGAGCAGCUUGGUUUGGCGUCGCAAAACGACAGAGGACCAAGAUGCCCGAAAUCGAUAAAGCUGUGGAGUGUGUUUUCCACGCGGAUACCUAUGAUUUUAAAAUUGGUGCAUGUCGGGGGUGGCAUCGUUACCAGCUGUUACGUGAUCCAGCUGAGGCAGCCUUGACGUGCGCGUGAGGACCCCAGCGCCACCGCUGCUGCAGCACGGAACGUGAAGGCUAGCGCGAGCUCGGCGCCUCCCGACAGCUUUGGUCUCCAUGGCGACCUUUAUUAAAGGAAGCUUGGCAGGCCACAACAGCUGGAGACUUCUGAUUGGCAGAGAGGAGAGAUCCAACAUUCCCUGAGACUGACCUUGGCUAUAGCUGUCAUGACAGCAAGGUAACAAACUGGCAGGCUAGAAAUUGCCAUGGAAACAUGCAGUUUGUGAGUGAGAUGAGAAAUAGUUGAGAAAAUCUAUUGAAAGGGAUAACACAAAACAUGGCUGCAGCAACAGAAACGAACAACACUGCCUGAUAAUUUUUGGAAACUUCACUCCUGAAAUCUGUGAAGCCUGUGUAUAUUGGAGGCCUUGCACUCGGACUCACCCAUCAAGGAGCUGCACGUUGCGAGUGAGAGUUGCCUGGGUUGAAGCUGUCAGAUAACUUUGCUGCCUAUUGGACAACAGCCCUCACACGCACAGAUUGGAGCACCUCAUAUACGUGCAUUGGUACAGUUUGUGAGUUUGCGGUGUAAUGAGCCGUCUGUCAGGCCGUCUGCGCUCCGGAAGUGUGCGUUUGCCUUGUGAAGCGCUGGCCGAGGAGGACUGCAGUGAGAGCGAGGGCUCCUGGAUGGGAGAUGUGGAGCCUGGAGUGUCUUCAGCUGGCCCCACAGAUUCUGGCGCAGCCGCUUCACUACAUUAUGGACUUUAUUCGGCUUCUUCACUGGCUAAUGGCCUGCGUAACCAUGAUGAACAGCUCCAGCGCAGAGCAAGGAGACGCAGACAAAUGGACCAUGUUGAACAAAUGCACAUGCAUGAACAGCAUCACACGCACCUGCAGAUGCACGCGCACCAGCAAACGCACUCGCUUGAGCAGAACACUCAAACAGAACACUCGAACACACAUCUGCAGUCACAGACACACAUUCAUAUGGAUGCCCAAAUGUGUAUGGAUGCAGAUGUGCUGACACACAAGCACACACAUGCGGAGAUGGACUCACACAUAGACUCCAAUUCCCCUCUCAUGGAGCGAGAUACAUCACUUGUCCCAGAGGACCUGUCUAUAACCCCCAAGUCCGAAACAUACACCUCUAUUAUCCAUUCAACCCACCCAUUACAAACCAGCCAACCCUCACAAAACUAUAUAGCCCUUCAACACAGCCCUGUCUCUAAGUGUAAUGUAGAGACAGUGCAAACCCCUACCUUUUGUAAACCAGAGACAGACCAUCUACCCAGCCCUGACAUGUGCCACAGUUCUAGUGUAGGCCACAACCUCAUGAACACCCCUAUAGAGGCUGAGAGGAAGUAUACCCUGAGGAGCUCUGGUCGGCCACGCUUCCCUUGCCACCUUCGCAAGUCAUCCCGUUUGCGUCGAGCCGCAGAAGACAGCAUAUUGAAAAGGGAAGGGGAACAAAGAGAGGAGGAGGAGGAGGAAAACAUCUGGAGACGAGAGGAGAUCAGGCUGAAGGAAGAGCUCUUUCCAGAAGUCACCUCGGCUGCUUUACCUCCCAGGGUUGUCCAAGCACCGACUAAAUCAUCCAGCAUGGUGCCAAAUCACAGUGCAAGUACAGCAUUUGGAAGUGAGUGCAGCACUGUGACCCAGCCAUCAACAAGAGGAAAACGACGAGGUCGCUUUUUGGGUGUGAGGAAGAUAGUGGUGAAAAUAGCACGGAUCCCCGUGCACCUUAGCCGACGGCAGAAAAGCUAUAAGAUCUCUUCCUUAGAGAGUGUAGGGUUGGCUUCACGUGGGGAAGUGGGUCCUGGGAAUGAAGGGUCAGAGGGGGUGUUUGGGGGCGAGACAGGUACCCCCAUUACAAGGGAGCCGACUGCUCUUCUCCGCAUGAAAAACAACGGAAGGAGCGUAAUGGUGAUGUUUCCCCCGGGAGAGCUGCCUGUCAUCCUGAAGCGUCGUAGGGGAAGGCCUCCUAAACAGGCCCUGCCAGGACAGCCUGAUAUGCGUGAGACUAGAGCCGGCGCUGCGAAUGCCGCCGAGCCCAAGAAGCCACGGCGGCGGCGGCGAGUCAAGCUGCCGUCCCCACUGCCCUCGUAUGUGAAUGACACCAACGAUGUUAAGGUGGAAUACGCGGACGUUCUCUCCAAGCUGGCCUUCCUGAACAGGCAGCCUCCCAGCACAGGCCGCUGCUCCCCACCACGAUGCUGGACCCCUACUGAGCCAGAGACCUUCCACACAUCUCCAGAGAACCCAAACCUGUCCACCCUACUGCAUCGACUCACAGGGUUCCGCCGGCGAGGGGGUCGUGCUGGUUGCAUGGGUGGGAGGGGAGGGGGCAUGGCAGGAUGCUCUGAGGCCUUUAAGAGGUCAUUCAGUGACUUCUUUGAGACAAUUGGCAAGAAGCGGAAAGUUCCUCUAUCAGAACCAGGAACGCCGCGAAAGAGGGGAAAGGGGGUUAGUGGUGGAAUAAGUAGGUCAGCUUUCAGUGAGCAAGGCAUCCCUGUCCCUGGGGAGAAGGUUAGAAAACGCCGUGCACGAAAGAAUGGAGCAUUAAAAGGUGGUCAGGGAAUCCAAGAACAAGACUGGCAAAAUGGACGGAGUGGAUGGGGGGAAAAAGGUGAUCCAGAUACCCCUGAAAGAGCAGGCAGUUAUCAGGGCUCUUGCUCUCCACGGGGAGGUUUUCCUUCCUCAGAGACUGGUAAGGGAGGACUUUAUCACAGCCCUGGUAGACGAGGAGCUGGCAGUGGAGAGGAUUCUCAUGGAAUGUUUGCAGGAUACUUUCGCUCUUUACUUGAUUCAGAUGACUCCUCAGACUUGUUGGACAUCUCUAUGGCCAGCCCUACAGGACGGCAAGAUGCUCGUAAGCUCACUCCUGGAUAUGAAGGCAGCAGCCCGGGUGCCGCCCAUCGCUGGUCUCCUGCUUUUCCUAAGAGAAGCCCUAAAGGAUCUGCUAACACUGGGGAGGGACCAUUACUUCCCUCAGCCCAAACUCAGUCCCAGAGCAGCUCUGUGACUAGACCCCCAUAUUCAUACAAUGUUUCCCAAACCUCCCCCACCACUCCCUUCCCAAAAUCUCCUGCUGUCUCCCUCUCCCGCUCCCCUAGUUCUCCCCAUCCUUCUUCUGGUGGUUUUUCCCAAUACCCCUCAGCCUAUAGUGGAACUGUCCCACAAGGCACAGGCAUUUGCCCUGUUCCUCAGCAGCAGAGGCCAAGUGACUGCAGCUUUACAUAUGGCACUAAAGCCUCCCCUGCCCCAUCUGCACAACGGCAGAUUAGUUAUUCAAAUUAUCAUGCUUCUGCCAAACGUCAUUAUAGUGGAUAUCCUGGACCUGCUCAUGCAAUGCAGCAGAGUGAGUCUGCUGGUCCAGGAUCACCAGGUGGAAGUUACAUGUCAAUAUCAAAGACUAGCCCCUUCUCCUCAUCCUCAUCUCCUCCCGAAGGCUGCAGACAAUACCAGUCCUCUGCUCUUUGGGGCUACAGGCAAGGAGGACCGACCUGGGGCAGUGAUGGAUUUGGCACUCAUCAGUUCCAUGGCUACUCUGACUAUGGAGUUGGCACAGCUAGCUCAGAGUCCAAAGAUAUACUGGACAUAUCAAAUUACACACCUCAGAAGGCAAAGCAGCGUCCCUGCCCUGACACAUUCUCUGAGUCCUCUUCUGACUCCUCCCACACAGGGAUAGGGAGUGUGGGGGCACCAUUCUGCCCUAGGGAUGUUCCAGUGCCUGAGGGACAGUCUAGCUUGUCAAGCCUGGAGAAGCUGAUGCUUGAUUGGAAUGAAAAUUCUGCUGGCCCUUCAUACAACUGGAGUCAGAAUGUUUUGUUUCAAGGUGGGACCAAGCCAGGCCGUGGUCGCAGGAAAAGGUCAGAGCCGCAGAAUGAGAGGGAAGCAUGCCCUAUGCCCCCAGGAUCACCUGCAAGCCCUCCCAUGCAGGGAGGUGGUCCAAAGCGCGGUUCUUCUGCAGGCCGACAACCCAGGGGGGCGAGGGGCAGGGGGGGGUUCUCCCCUUGUCAACGAGAGCGACCUCUACCGCCCAAACCCAAACCUCAAAAGCCUGCAGCCCCAGCAGGGGUUGGGCAGAUGACUUCAACAGGAGGACUAUACCAGGAAACGUUGGAUUAUUACAGUGGAGAUAGCAGUAGCCUAUCACCUCUCAGUCAUGCCCCUGAGCCCUGUGAAUAUCCAUCUCCCUACUCUGCCCACACCUCUACUCCCUCUUCUGAUGAGAGAUUUGCCCAGAUCUACCCCUCGGACUCUGCCUCUCUUUCCCCCAGCCUUUCAACACAGUCAGAUGUUCUAAAGCAGUACCCUAAGCCAGGCCCACCACCACAGACGUAUGGGCAUGCAGCCAGGACAUUCAGCCCAACGCUGUCCCCUAGUCCCCGGCUCCUGCCUCAGUGUGGCUCUGCAAUGAGUCCUCACCGUGUGUCAAAGGACCAGUUUCCACAGUAUGACUCCCCUAGUUACAGCGGCUCCCCGUGCUGGUACGGGCAGGGUGGCAGUGUUGCUAAUAGUCCCCACAGCUAUGAGGAGCAGCGAUCUAUUGCCAUCGCUAUGCCCUCCCACAAACGGGACAUGUCACUGAUGGGCCCAGGAAUGAGGGUGCCAUCCCACUCUCCUUAUCCUCCACCUGUACUUAGAGGUCCUACAAUGUCCUCUUCUUGUGUGGGUGGGACACUAGACUCUUCUCCCCAGCAUGAGGAGCUGGGUUACCAUAGUAAUAUGGACAGCUAUGCACCCCUUGGGCAUCGUUACAUGUCCCAAACUGCUCGAGGGGGGGUUCUCUGUCAGCUACUGGACCAACCCAACGAUGAAGGCUUUACUGUCACCAGCCUGUAGUUAGCAUUGUUGAGGCAAUCCAGCAAAGAUGAUUUGGACUACGCCAUUUUCAUAUUUUUAAAAUAUUUUGUAAAUGAGAUGCUACAGAAGACACUUACUAAGUAAGAGAGGAGAUUUGGAACUGUGGACUAAAAGCUGACUUCUCCAGCAGUGACAAUCAAGAUCCAACUUUACACCACACACAUACAUACACACACAGAUGCAUGCAUGCUUUAUGCUUACAUGUUUUUCACGUAUUUUUACACACGCAAAACACACACACAAACACACACUCACAAACAUUUGAAACCGCACAUGCACGCACAGAUAGACACUCUCACACACAAGACCAGUAUGGAGCUUGGGUGGAGUUUUUUUUAGGAUGGACACACACACUGCUAAUAUCUAGUAGAAGAAAUGAAUUGAACUGCAGAAACACAGGAAUCCUCAGAAUGCAAGUAUGGCUCAUUAAAGCUGAAACUCAGACAUGCCUGCAACUGUCUAUCAAACCAACGUGAGAGAGCACACAAAAAAAAAAAGGAAAAAAAAGAAAAGAAAAGGUUUUGGACUACAUACUGAUUUCUCUCUCUCAUUUUCUCUCUGAUCUGAUACUCUUUCUGUGUCUAUCUGUUUUUCUAGUCUCAGCAUCAUCUCUGACCAUAUCACUGAAGAGAUUAAUUACAUACUACCCAAAAAUCAAACUCCUUCGCAGGAUUAUUUAAUGGUAAUCCUGCUCCCUACUCAGACUUUACCCCUUAUCUUCCCUUAUGUGCUGUCUGCUCCAAGAUACCAGCAUCUGUACAUAAAUCACACCAACAGACCCAACACCAGAGGAGCAAUCUACAAUGAGAACAUAACUCAAACAUAAAUAAUUUUAAAAGUGAAGAAACAUUUGGAAAGUUGUACAAACUCAUUACAGGAAUGUCACGAGAAUCUCCCAGAAUUUCUGUAAAAGGUGACAUCAGUUUUUAAGUGGCUUUCAGUGGUUCUGCUUGGUCCUGUGCAAAUAGGUACUGCAGUGUUUUCUGACAGGGACCUCUUCUGGUCCUGUGGGAGUCCGUGUGAAUCCAGUACCCGCUUCUGCUGCUCUUGCUCCUGGCCUGCAGCACGGUCAUACCCUGCCCAAUGCCUGGUUCAUGUCUCUGUGUUUUCAUCAUUUCCUGUCAGGAGGACAGACACUCAUGCACUGACCCCAAAGAUGCUGCUCUGGCAUAGGUGCUGAGAGGUCAGCCCUCUGGCCAUUCUGGGCACAGAGGUCUGGGACUCAGGGUGUGGACAAUGCCUACUCUCCUACUCAUCCUCUCCUUUUUUUUUUCCCUCUUUCUCUCGCUCCACUGUUCUAUUUCUUGUGGUCCACUGUGUCGUAUAGUGAUUUUUUGUGAUGAAAUACUGUAUCUGUCUGUUCCAUAUACUGUAUCUAAGGUGGGAAUAUUUAAAUACACAUUCUCUUCUUA